AUGUCGGUCAUCUCACUGAACUGCGUGGCAUCGUCCUCGCGACAUACUCUGUCAUCCUCAUGCGCACCUUUGCGCAACUACGUGACCAAAGCUGAAAAGCUGAAGGCUGCUCGUGUUGCACCUAAAAAAGUGUCAACUUAUGUCGAUCCUCGAUUCGCACCUGCGCCUUCAGACUUGAAAAUUGACGCCAUGAGAGCAUCCUUGUAUCCGGACAAUUCGUUUGAUCGAAAAUCCGUUUCCCCUGUUGGCGCUCAUUAUCCCAAUGUCGAAGAGAAAGUCCGGGCUGUUAUUGGUUCGCCCGAAAUGUACGAGACGAUUGAUCGGGCGUGGAAAUUGCAUCGAAGGAUAGAAAUGGCCAAACGGAGAGACAGCCUGGAAGCUCAAUUCAGAGCUAUGGAAGAAGCAUGUGACGAGCUCGAUAUUAUCACUGGAGGACCCGAAAUACCAGUAUCGGACGCAUCAAACGAUCCAAAGAACUAUCUCAAAGAGAAACAGUUGACAGGUGUGGCCAUUUACCCUCGACGAUUGUACAACGCAGCGAUGGUCAAACCGGACUCGUUCGCUGCGCCUCGAUUACAGGGUAAAAAGAUCCCUCUGGAAGCUAGGUGGAAAGAGGCUCGUCUGGACGGAUUGAUACCGAGAGAAGCUUGGGUCCCAGUCGAUAGUAAAGGAAAGGGGUGGGAUUAUGGUUGGGAGAGACCAAGUGAAAAGGAGUAG